AUGGAAGCUGUUUUCAAGAUUACAGAUGAACCAAGAAAAAAGGUAUCAUUAAACCUUUGUGUUUUCUGUUUCAUUCUGCAAAUAGAUAAAUGUUGUGCUGUUGAUCCACAGUUUGUAGUAUGUAAUAAAUCAGUAAAUUGUAGAUAUGGUCAAAGAAUAAGCUUUCCAUUUUAUAUUCAAGAUGUUCAAGAAUCUUAUUGUGGGUACCCUGGAUUCGGGCUAAAUUGUAGUGAACAAGGGUUUCCUGUUGUACAUAUUACUGGAAACGAGUAUAUAGUUGAAGAUAUUUCAUACCAAGAUGAUAUUUUUCAGAUUAAAAAUUCAGUCUUUAACAUUACUACAAGCAAUGGUUGUGUUUCUGAUAUCAAGAACGUGUCACUCGAUCAUAGUGCUUUUAAGUUUGUCAAGGAAUCAAGAAUUUACUUGUUGUCAAAGUGUAAUGGAUCGAUAUCUGAGGAUCUUUUGAAGCACAGGAUUGGUUUUGGUUGUGGUGGAGAAAAUGGGAAUGAUUGGGGUCUUGCAAUGUUUGCUGAGGAUGAAAGCUUUGAGUCUGCAUUACAAGUGCGUAAAAAUCAUGUACUGGUACCAGUAGAAAUGCUUGGAAAUGAAGGGAGUAAUCGAGUUAUUGACUGUAUAUCAAGUAACUGCAGUGACUGUGCAGAAAGUGGAGGACGCUGCGGAUUUGAUACUAACAAUUAUCAAUUCAAAUGUUUCUGCACUGACAGACCUCAUGCUUCGAGUUGCCCACCUACCAGUAAGCCCCUAUCUAGCAGUUAA